CUCCAUUGCAUCCUACAAAGAUUAAAGACUAAAGUAAAAGAGUGGGUUAGAGCUGAGCAAGUGUGUUAGCUAUGGACAAUUCCGGUGUUAUGAAGCUUGUGUGCCUUGUUCUGGCCUGUAUGGUUGUGGCAGCUCCUCAUGCCGUAGAUGCCAUCACAUGUGGGCAGGUGGUGUCCCAGUUGUCUCCAUGCCUCACUUACCUUCGCACUGGUGGCGCGGUGCCUGGGACUUGCUGCAGUGCUGUGAAAUCCCUCAACGCCGCCGUUAAAACCACUCCUGACCGUCAGACCGCUUGUGGUUGCCUCAAAAACGCCUACAAUACCAUUUCCGGCAUCAACGCCGCCUAUGCUGGUGGUCUCCCUGGCAAAUGUGGUGUCAACCUUCCCUACAAGAUCAGCCCCACCAUCGACUGCUCCACGGUGAGGUGAGCUGAUGGCUUGAAGAUGGAAGAAGAUGAAUAAAUAUGUUGAGGUUGCAGUGCUAAGCCCCAUUAGUGGAAGUGGGAGCUUCAAUGUUUUGUGAUCAGUAGUGAUAUAUAGAUAUAAUAGCACCUCUGGUUGUAUCUUACCUUAUGGUGGCUGUAUGGAAUAAUAUGAGUUCGGCUCCUCUGAGAGUUCAUUUCCCCUUCUA